UCUGUCACUUAUCAACUUUUUUGGCAGUAAUAAGAAUUGUCAAAAAAUCAGAAAAGUUUCAGAAAAAUAAACAAAAAAACAAUAAAAAGUUGUUCGUACCAGUGAAAAAUGGUUGGAUUGAACAUGGCUGGACCUGCUAGAGAUAGGGUGAUGAAACUGAUGCAAGACAAAGAUAAAAUAGAGAGUGAAAUUCGAGAUCAGACUGCUAUAUUGGAAACGAAUAAUGUUGGGAUGCACGAUUCUUUGGUGGACUCCGAGGGCUACCCUCGAAAUGACAUCGAUGUUUACAAGGUCAGACAUGCAAGACAUCGUAUUAUUUGUCUCCAAAAUGAUCACAAGAACCUUAUGAAGAUGAUUGAGAAAGGUUUAGCGGAAGUUCAUAGAGAACUUCUUGGUUCUAACGGAGAAGGGCCGUCUAUGAAUAUGGCAGCUACCAGCAAUGGACAUUCUAAUGGAGCUAGUGCUGGAGACACCGCUCCUCGUCCCGUUGCUGAAGAAGAAAAGGCCUUUGCGGUAGUCGGUUUUGUUAGUGAAGGAUCGCCUGCAGACCUUGCUGGUCUACAAGAACGCGAUGAAAUCCUUCAAUUCGGAUCAGUUAAUCAUCACAACUUUGAGGACAUGUCGCAGAUCAACACCAUAGUGUCUCACUCGGUCGGCCAGCAAGUGAAUGUGAAAGUGAAGAGAGAUCAGAACGUUAUCAACAUAUCUAUAGUCCCACGACCGUGGCAACAGCCUGGGCUACUCGGUUGCCAUAUCCAGAGGAAAACGUAAUCUUUUUCUUUUUGUAAAAUUUUUUUUGAUGAUUUUCACAUGAGACAAAUAAAUUGAAUAUUUAGUC